CAUCACACAUCGCUCGUUCAGAGUAGGGAUAGUUCGACUCAUAACAUCGGUUCGAAGUAGUUCGCCUCAAGCAAGCGAUUUUCUUCGGCCACAGAAAGUGUGAAAGUGUUCCGGUACAUACGAUAAGGAGGACAUUUGUAACAAUGGUUGCAUUCGCGGAGCCACAUUUCCAGGCCUGGGUGCAAAGUGCGGCCACCAACUUGACUGUGGUGGACAAAGUACCACCGGAAAUGCUGCACAUGGUUGAUGCUCACUGGUAUCAGUUCCCGCCAAUGAACCCAUUAUGGCACUCACUGCUUGGAUUUGCUAUCUUCGUCUUGUGUUUCAUUUCCUUAGUUGGAAACGGAAUGGUGAUGUACAUCUUCACCAACACUAAGACACUACGGACUCCAUCUAACUUGCUGGUUGUUAAUCUGGCUUUCUCGGAUUUCUUGAUGAUGUUCACGAUGGGUCCCCCAAUGGUGUACAAUUGCUACCACGAAACAUGGUCUCUGGGACCGUUCGCAUGUGAGGUGUACGGUAUGUUUGGAUCACUGUUCGGUUGUGUCUCGAUUUGGUCUAUGACUAUGAUCGCCUUCGAUCGCUACAACGUCAUUGUUAAGGGUCUGUCGGCCAAACCCUUGACGAACAACGGAGCGCUACUGCAAUUGUUCCUUGUUUGGGGAUCUUCGCUCGGCUGGACCCUCGCACCAUUCUUCGGAUGGAAUCGAUAUGUCCCAGAGGGCAACAUGAGCGCUUGUGGAACUGAUUACCUGACCGAUACUCUGCUAAGUCGCUCAUACAUCCUUGUUUAUUCAAUUUUCGUGUACUUUUUACCAUUGCUGCUGAUCAUCUACUCGUAUAUAUUCAUUAUUAAGGCGGUAUCUGCGCACGAGAAGAACAUGCGCGAACAGGCUAAGAAGAUGAACGUUGCCUCGCUUCGGUCUUCUGAUGCUCAGAAAACCAGCACUGAGAUGAAACUCGCCAAGGUUGCCCUGGUCACGAUUUCGCUGUGGUUCAUGGCCUGGACUCCGUAUCUGGUCAUCAACUAUACCGGUAUCUUCAAGACUGCUCCGAUCACCCCGCUAGCCACCAUCUGGGGAUCAUUGUUCGCCAAGGCUAAUGCCGUCUACAACCCGAUUGUAUAUGGCAUAAGCCAUCCGAAGUACCGUGCCGCCCUAUAUCAGAAGUUCCCCUCUCUAUCCUGCACGGAUUCCGUUGACGACGGUCAAUCGGUGGCCUCUGGUACUACAACCGUGGCUUCCGAGGAUAAACCAUCAGCCUAAGCUCCUUACAUCGUUUGGGAUAUCCAUCAGUGAUAUCGAUAUUGUAUCAGGGAUGCUACUGUACAGUUCAUUUUAAUAAUAAGAAACAAAUAUCUACACAGAUAAUUUGAAACAAAGUUAUACAAAUAUCACGAGAUGUACAAACCGCAGGCUGAAGGUCUCCCGAAUAGAGAGAAUAAUAAAAUUUCA